AUGGCGAUUCUGUCUCAGAGGACAGCUGAGGAUAUCAGAAUUAGAGCCCAUGAACUCGUGAGGUUGCAUACGAAAUUCACUGAUAAUUUAGCUUGUAUCACUAAGUCUGAAUUCCUUGUUGGACGGAGUCCCCCAGCAUGGCCGUGGUACAAGUUAAUCACUGAUGGAAGCUUUAUGGCUAGAACGGGGUUGGCAACUGCUGGUGGGCUUUUGAGGGACAGCUGUGGGAAUUGGCAGUGGGGAUUUGCGAUGAAUAUUGAGGAUGAGGCCGUGUUGCCUAGUGUGCAUUCCUCCCUUGCUGUGGGGAUCAAGAACUUUUUAUGGAAAGACUGGCAAGUUCGUAUCACUCAUAUGUACAGGGAGGCAAAUUUUUCUGCGGACUUUUUGGCUAAGAAGGCUGCUGCUCUUCGUUUGGGCUUGCAUGUGUUUGACAAGCCUCCGGAGGAUAUUAAGGAUAUCCCUUUCCAAGAUAGCUGUGGUGUUAGCUUUUCUCGCUUUGUUGUGGAUCGCCGUUCAGAGUAUUCUUCGUUGUUCAAAUGGGUUGUUCCUAACUUCCAAAAUCUCAAGCCUAAAUCUUUACAUAGUCCGUAUUCUGUAGUGGGUAGGUUUGAAUUUAGGCUUAUAUUGUACCCAAAAGGAGUCACUUUAUCUUUACCUGGAUACAUUUCUCUUUUUCUUCAGAUUAAUGAUCCUCGUGGCAGUCUUGAUUGUUGUGCCAGUUACAAGAUAACCAUUGUUAAUGUGGUAAAUGAUCAAAAGUCUUUUUAUAGGGAGAGUUGUUAUAGGUUUUCCAAGAUUAGAAAAUCAAUUGGUUGGCCUGUAUUUACUGCUCCCAAAACUAUUUUAGACCCUGCAUCUGGGUUUUUGUUUAGUGGAUCUUUGCUUGUUAGUCUUGAUAUACGUAUUUUAAAUGAGACGAGAUCAUUCUCAGGUGAUAAUGAUGAGACCAAAUCUUUUGUGUCGGAUGGGAGGGUUACUUGGACGAUAAGGAACUAUAGUUUGUUUAAGGAUAUUAUUAAGACACAGAAGAUGAUUAGUUCGUCUUUUCAAGUUGGAGAGGGGAAUCUUAGGAUUCAUUUGUGCAGAACUAUGGUUGACGGUAUUGAGUAUUUGUCAUUGGUUUUGGACAUUAAGGAUACUGAGAAACGUACUGUUAUUGGUAGGAGUUUAUGGUGUUUAUUUAGAAUAUGUGUGUUCAAUCAAAAGCCAGGGCUUAAUCAUGUGCAUAGAAAUAGUUAUGGGAGGUUUUCCGUACAUGGUCUUAGAGAUGAUACUACUCUUGGUUGGACUCAGUAUUUGAAAAUGUCUGAUUUUACUAGUGGAGGAUUUUUGGUGGAUGAUACUGUUGUUAUUGGUGUAUCAUUUCAUGCUAUUAGGGAAUUUAGCACUGUGGACAACUUGUUUGAGGGAAAAAGUACUGUUAGUCUGACAAAAAAAGGCGAAGGUUGUUCAAGAAAGUUCGUCUGGAAGAUUGUGAACUUUGUGGGGUUCAAGGGUAUUACGAAGAAGAAGAAACUUACAGGUCUAUGUAUUAAGAGCAGGACAUUUCGGGUUGGGAAUAUGGAUUUUCGCCUACUAGUUUAUCCUAAAGGGAAAUCUCAGAAGCCAUUCCACCUUUCACUGUUUCUUGAAGUCUUGGACCCGUUAGACACUUCUAGUGAUUGGAGUUAUUUUGUUAUGUACCGGUUGGCAGUCAUGAAUCAGAAGAUGAUUGAUUACUCUAUCAUCAGAGAAUCUCAGGACCGUUGCUCCAAGGCGACAGAAGAUUGGGGCUGGACUGGAUUUAUGACUCUAUCCAGCUUCUUUGAUCAGGGUUUGGGGUAUCUUAAUCAGGAUACUGCUGUCUGCUCUGGUGAGGUUCGAAUAUUAAAGGAGACAUUCAUACUGAAGAGCCUUAAUGAGUCAAACAACGAAAAGUCCUGUAUUAACAGGGAAGGUAAAAGAUGGUCUGUUUUAUGGAAGGUGGAAAACUUCUCAUCUUUAAAGGAUAUAAUGGCAAGACAACGUUUUUUCAAAUUUUUUCAGGUUGGUGGAUGUAAACUUCGAAUCGGGUUUUAUGAGUCAUCUGAAAGCAUAUGCGCAUACUUGGAGAGUGAUUCAUCAGUUGCUAGCGAUCCUGAUGAGAAUUUUUGGGUCAGUUACAGGAUUGCUUUGGUGAAUCAAAAGGACCCUGCUAAAAGUUUGUGGAAGGAAUCUUCUUUAUGCACAAAGAGCUGUACCAGUAAACCUCUUCAAUUUAUGAAAGUAUCAGAUAUGCUGGAACCAGGUGCUGGAUUUGCUGUUCAUGAGACGGCUACUUUUACUUGUGAAAUCCUCGAUUGCUGCCCAUGGUUUGAUUUCUCAGAAGCAGAGCUUUUCACCAUGGCCAAUGACCAUGAUGAUUCGUCCCAUGGCAUUAGCGAACUUUACGACCGUGAAGAUAUUAAGAUGAUGAUUGGAAAGAUGGAAAAUUUCUUCGGUGAGCUUCUUGUAAGCGCAAGCUGCUACCUUGUAGAUGAAGAUUCUCCUAGACAGCUCCUAGUUAAAUUGAAAGAGCUACUAAGGGGUACUGGUACAAUAGCUGUGCUUCUAGCUACAACACGCUGUUACCUUGAUGAUCCAACCCAUUGUAAUAGUUUUUUUUCUUCAAGACAAGUUCGCUGGUAUACUGUGGCAACUGUUAAGGUUUUACAACAGGCUAUCAAUGAUGCACUUCGGCAUAUUAUGAUUAAGUGUUGCAAACCAUUAAAUAACUCUAUUGAUGACAUUAUUGCUGCAAAUUCAAAAGACAAUAUGGUCGAAUUUAAUAGUUUUUUUCCUCAAGACAAGUGCGCUGGUAGUAAUGGUAGGGAGAAAUAUGGUGGAGCAGAUGAAUAUUCAGCUAUGUUAACUAGUACCACGGUAACUGUUAAGAUUUUACAACAGACUAUCAAUGAUGCACUUCUGGAUAUUAUGAUGGAGUGUUGCGAACCAUUAAAUAACUCUAUUGACGACAUUGUUGCUGCAAAUUCGAAAGACAAUUCAACUGUCUGUCAACUGGAAUCUCACUGUGAUAUUAGACCCAUGGUUUCAAUUCAAUCCUCCUUACAUGAAGGAUCCAGUAAUGGGGUUACUAUUACUUCCAGUUCUUGUCUUGCAGAAUGUUCGGCUAUAAACGGUCUAGAAACAUCUAUCAAAGAUCCCAUGGCUACAAAUAUUUUCAUGCUUUCAAGAUACACAGAUGUAGCUACAGCUUCUGCCCAGAAUACAGCUCAUAGUUACAAAAUACAUUUGUUUCCAAUAUCAGACUCAAAUACAUCAACAAAUAAUUCAGAGCAUCCUCUUGUUGCUUUUGCCCUUUUAGAUCAUCUCACUCAGCUAGAUUCAGGACCUGCACUGCAACCAACUAUUCUUGCUACUAUUAGUCGGUUGAACCUGGACAACGAAGGGUGGAAACAGACAAUAUGUCGAGCUUAUCAACUUCUGAGGAAAUCAAAUGGCGAAGUGCUGGGAGCUAUUAUUGACUUCUUGUUUGAAGCUGCAUCCCACUGCCAAUAUAUUCCUCAAGCAGUCAGAGCUGUUCAUGCAAGGUUAGAAAGUUUAGGAGCUGAGGUCUCAUCUUAUGUGUUUGAUCUUCUAAGCAAAACUGUGAACAGUAGGCGUGAGAUUGCGGAAUCAAUGUUGAGAGAAAUUGGUUCUGUCCUUGCACUUGAUGGUAACUGCUUAACUAACUCAAGCGAACUCUUUCCAGAUCAAGAAAAAGGAACUGCAACGAACUGUUUGGUAGAUGGACCACUUAAGGAUGCAAAUCAUCAUUUUUCUGACAUCUUUCUCUUGAUCAAUGUGUUAGCUAUUCCUUCCCUUGCUGGUGAAGCUUCCCAAGUUUUUGAGAGAGGUAUAGCGCAUGGAUUUAUUGAAGAUCAUUCAGUUGCCAUAAUCUUGGAAAAAUAUGCACAAAGAUUUAGUGUUAAAAAAGGAAGAGUCCUUUGUCUUGAAGGAGUUUUUACCUUAGUUCUUGCUCUUGUCAGGACAUUGUCUCUAUCUGGAAACUCUCGUGUUCAUGGUUUUGUUUAAGUUGUUUCUCCUGAAUCCUUAAAAUAUGGUCUCGUGAUCUGCCAUUUUGCGAGCACAUUGUGCUGAAACUCAUUAAAAUUACUGCAGACGUGAAGUAGCUAAUGGUACAGAACACUGAGCAAGUGUUGUCAUUUCAUCGUCUUCUUCUUUUCUUCCCUUCCUGUCUUACUCUUUCUAUUGCUUGCACAUACUCGUAAAUUUUGAUGUUUGGCUUGUGGGUUUCAACUGCUUUCUAGAAAUUAAUGUGAUUGGACCUAAAUGCUCAUCAUCUACUUCUGCAGCAACAUAUCAGCUCUCUUGACAAUGCACUUAAAGAGCAGAUGUCACAGCAUGCUCCUCUGUAUAGUGUGGGCUUGGAGAAUCUGUCAAUGAGGGAAUUGGAGAUGGUUUGGCGCAUCCAUGAAGAUGGGCUAAGAGAUAUCCGUAGCCUUCAUUAGCAUCAGCAUCAGCAUCGAUCAAAGUACUCCUAGGGGCAACCCUAUCUCAAAAGUGUUCUUCAGAACAUACGUAGCAAGCCACAUUCUCCGCCAGCCGUCUCGAAAUGACUGGACUUAUUUUGCUUUCUGCUGACCUGUGUUUUCUCCUUAUUCAAACCAUAUAAUAAAUGCCUACAUGUGAAACCCCAAGUUGUACAGUUUCUGUCUUCCUUCCAUGUCCCAUGUUCAUGUACUUAGCUUAGGCACCACUAAUGGUGAUUAUGGAAUUUCAUAACUUUUUCUGUUUGCACCAAAAAUACAAGAAGAAAAGAAUCAUAUUGCA